AGCAGAGAGACCUGCCCAUCAGGCCACCUUAGGGCGCGCGGGCGCUCGGGGUGCAGAGACCCUUCCUGGGCUGGGCUGCUGCGGGCCCCGCACAGCGAGACCACCUGUGAGGGCUGCGGAGAUUGGCGGAGGCGAUCAUGUGGGCGGUCACGUGCUGCGGCGAGCUCCGUCCAAAAGAAAAUGGGGUUUGGUGUAAAUCUGGGGGUGUAAUGUUAUCAUAUAUCACGCUACCUCGUAAAACCGACACUGAAAGCUGCCGGACAACAAAUCACAGGUCAAAAUUAUGAGUUCUUCGUAUUAUGUGAACGCUCUUUUUAGCAAAUAUACGGCGGGGGCUUCUCUGUUCCAAAAUGCCGAGCCCACUUCUUGCUCCUUUGCACCCAACUCGCAGAGAAGCGGCUACGGGGCGGGCGCCGGCGCCUUCGCUUCGACCGUGCCGGGCUUGUACAAUGUCAACAGCCCCCUGUAUCAGAGCCCCUUCGCGUCCGGCUACGGCCUGGGCGCCGACGCCUACGGCAACCUGCCUUGUGCCUCCUACGACCAAAACAUCCCCGGACUCUGCAGUGACCUCGCCAAAGGCGCCUGCGACAAGGCGGACGAAGGCGCGCUGCACGGUCCGGCAGAGGCCAAUUUCCGCAUCUAUCCCUGGAUGCGGUCUUCAGGGCCUGACAGGAAGCGGGGUCGCCAGACUUACACGCGCUACCAGACGCUCGAGCUGGAGAAGGAAUUUCACUUCAACCGCUACCUGACCCGGCGCCGCCGCAUCGAGAUCGCCCACGCGCUCUGCCUCACCGAGCGCCAGAUCAAGAUCUGGUUCCAGAACCGCCGCAUGAAGUGGAAGAAGGAGCAUAAGGAUGAGGGGCCCGCCUCGGCUGCAGCCCCCGAGGGCCCUGCGCCCGCCGCCGCCGCCGCCACUGCGGCAGACAAGGCUGAGGAAGAGGAGGACGAUGAAGAAGAUGAGGAGGAGGAGGAGGAGGAAUGAGCGGCCCAGCCCGGCCCUCGGCUGCACCAGACAGUCAGGAAAGCGUCUUUAGAGACUCACUGAUUUUAUUUACAAAAGUGGAAAAAUAAAAAGGAAAUGUUAUAAAAAAAAAAAAGAAAGAAAGAAACAGUCCCCAACCUGUACCCCAGCUACCCCAUUACCCACUCCAGCUUCCCACUUUUCUGGACAGCAGCCGCCCAGACUGAGUCCCCCUGGGGAUCCUCUCUGCCUCUGAGGAGCCCCCCAGCAGACACCCCCCCCUCAUCCUAAGGCCGGCUGGCUCUGAGCUGGUAUGGCUAAAGUACUACCUAGCACAUGCCUCCGAGAGAGGCACCCCAAACUACCUAUGGGCCCAGCCCCAGCGGGCCUCCAUUCCCAGGAAGCCCAGAGUGUCCCUACACUGGCAGACACCCAGCACCUCCCCCACACCAUCAAGGGCCCGACUCUCUCAGUACUACCUACUUGUCCCAAACUACCUAUUUUGUGCUCCCUGGCUUGCCUGCUACCUAGUGCCGGCCCCUCCCAGGCUAGGCCCCUACUGCUUGCAGAUGGCAGCCUUCAGGGUCCCUGAGGCUGCAUUGAGAAGGUGCUGGGGUCUGGGGACCAGGGCAUUGGCUUCUAUUUAAAUUGAAAAUUAAUAUAUUUAUUCCAAAGCAUUCUAAGUGCUGCAACCUAGAAUCCCUCUUCUCUGGCCUGAGUACUCCAAGUUCAGGCCCGUCACCCCCCACUUCUGGAGGGGAGCACUCCCAAGCUACCUGAAGAUUUCUGAGUUAGCUUCUGCUUAGUAGGACCACAGAGAUGCUCCCAGCCUCCUUGCCCCUCCCUGUCCCUGUGUCCUACUGCCCAGCCAUGUUGAAUAUGUACACCCUGACUUUUCCUACAGUAGCAAAUAUUGUAUAUUUGAAUAAGAUUUUUUUGUCAUUUAUAUAGUCUUGGAGCUCAUUUGUAAGGCAAUGUCUUGACUUGGGAAGGAUGUGUUACUGAGGUGACUUUGUAGCAUGGUGUGUUGUCUUGAGCUGAUUCUGUAGCAGGUGGGGAGAGCCAAUGCCCCCCCCCCAGGGCCCUUCAUCUCCUGUGUUGUCCGGCGUCCCCCUUGUAUCCCCCUCAGCUCCAGCCUGGAAUUCCAGGAGCAGGAAGGUGUGCUUCCAGCCUUGCCCAGCUAAUGAUGUUUUGUGUAACAAAAAAAA